ACGGUAAAACUUUUACUAUUCGUCUAGGAAAAAUAUUGAUUGCUUGUUAAGAUUUUACUGGAAUAGAAAAUUUACACGAUGUGUAACAAUAACAGAACGCCUGGACCCUUAUUUGGAAGUGUAAAUUUUACAGCUGAAGAGCGUGAUGCAAUUCGGAAUGCAUUAAACCAGAAGCUUGGCCCAGAGUAUAUCAGUCAAAGAGCAGGGGCGGGCGGGCAAAAGCUUGCUUAUGUGGAAGGAUGGAAACUCAUAAAUUUAGCAAAUGAAACCUUUGGUUUCAAUGGUUGGUCACAUUCAGUAACUCAUCAGAACAUAGAUUUUGUAGAUCAGGUGGCAAACAAAUAUUAUGUUGGAGUUAGUGCUUUUGUGAAAGUCCAAUUAAAGGAUGGUGUGUACCAUGAGGACAUUGGUUAUGGAGUCUCGGAGGGAAUGAAAUCUAAAGCUCUGUCUCUUGAAAAAGCAAGAAAAGAAGCUGUAACAGAUGGACUGAAAAGAGCUCUCAAGAGUUUUGGAGAAUCACUUGGUAACUGCAUAAGUGACAAGGAAUACUUAAAGUUCAUUACCAAACAACCUCAGUCAGGUAGCAUUCAAUAUGAUAUAAAUCACAUGAGGAGACCUGGAAAGACCAUCAAGCAGGAAAUCAAAAGAGACCAGAAUUCAUCUGAGAUGAAGAAAGGAAACUUCCCUCCUGAAAACAGUAGUCAUAUUGACACUGGACAAGCUCAUGUCAGCUCUGUGAGCAACAGUGUUCAAAGCAACUCCUCUAAAGGACAGUCUUCACAAAUGGAGAUGAGGCCAACAACAAAAGCUGAUGAUUUGAGAACACUGAACAAACCAAGGACACCGACAGUGGAGUGGAAUAAAUCUAACAAAGUAUCAAACUGCCCUCCACCAGUCAAGACCCCAGGAUCAGCUUCCACACCUGCAUUGGGAACAGUUACAAAAACCAGGAUCUCUUUCGUAACCACACCCAUAGAGACUAGGGCACAUGAAACCACCCCAAAGCUACAGAACUAUAGUGUCAUUCCAGAAGAUGACCCUCUUCUUUGGAAUCACUCAUUUGGUUUUGAUGAGGCACUCAUAUCUUGCAGUGAGGAAUUACUUAUGAGGUCCCCAGAGGCAUUCAAACUUGAAAACACACCUGUUAAGCCAGAUGAUGUCAAAGCUUCCAAGUUUAACAAAGGAAACGCGAUGACCACGCCCAUGUUGCAUUCAAAUAACAACAGCAACACCCUGAUCAAUAAAAACUUCGCGUGUACCAAACCCUUGCAUCUAGACCCACACAAAAAUCACAGUUCGGGUUUCCCGAAUCAACCAGAAAAUAUAAAGCGGCGGAGAAUAGAAGGGCAUACUGUCAGAUGACUGUGACUGAAAAGAAUCAUGGCUAGAGAAGUUGUAGCGCGAAGUACA